AUGCCGCCUACUCCAAAUAUAAAUAGUGUACAAAAAAAAAAAAACACAACCAAUUCAACUAUCACGGAUAAAAGUAAAACUAAAAACAGCACUAUACAGCCUGCUCGUUUAACAAUUCCUACAAAUUCUACCAAAAGUCCCACAACUAAUUCUGAAUACAGCUCUCAGAGUCGUAAUAUGAGCAACACUACAGAUGGCGAAUGGAUCCAGAAACCCACGCAGAAAAACAAAAGGAAUCUUUCUAGCUCUUCAUCUGACAUGUCGCCGAAAUCUCCUCCUCCGCCGAUCAAAAAACUAUUUACUACACGAAACCGCUUUGAAGCUUUAAAUCAAAAUCCAAGUCAAAAUGAUUCAUCAGACAUAAUUGCUGAAGCUACCUCUGAUACAGAAGAUGCAAAUAACGAUACUCACAUCAAACCUCCCCCCCCCGAUAUUCAUGAAGGGUGUUCUAGACUUUCCAAACUUCUGUGCAGCUCUUAUAGAGCUAAUUGGUGUAGACCAUUUCUUUUGCAAAUCUGCCGGCGACCGUCUAAAAAUACAAACCUCAAACCCUGA